GCCUUCCCUCUCCGUGGAGUCGCCGCCGGUCUCUUCAAUUAGAGCGGAGACUGUAGCUGCAGAUGGAGGACCCCGGAGGAGGGAGAGAAAUAGACGGCUGAGGCGGAGUUGAAGAAACGUCUUCGCGAACAGUGUAGUGAAUCAAAUCCUUUAGCUUCCAAGAGCUGCACAUGCAUUAGGAACUAUGCAGCAGGGCUCCCGCAAGAUGCUAAAGCUGGGAUUUGGGGUUCGGUUUCGUAUUAGGAAGUUCUGCUCUGUCUCAGGCAUUGCCCGAGUUGAUUGUGAAGACUAUUCAAUACCAGAUGAUGCUGCGUCUUCGAAACCCAGCAUCCAGAUUCCUCCAAACAUGGUGGAAAUCAACUCUCAGUUGAAGCUGCUGGUCAAGACUAAGCGCUUGACAGAUGCCCGGGAUAUGUUCGACAAAAUGCCUUACAGAGACGAAAUUUCAUGGACCACAAUUGUUUCUGGCUAUGUGAGUGCCAUGGACAGUGCCGAAGCAUUGAGAUUGUUUUCGAGGAUGUGGGUUGAGCCGUCGCUCCAAAUGGACCCCUUCAUAAUAAGCAUUGCGCUGAAAGCUUGUGGGCGGAGCUCGAGUGCUCGUUUCGGCGAAUUAUUACAUGGAUACUCUAUCAAAUCUGAUUUUGUCAGCUCAGUUUUCGUGGGGAGUGCUCUCUUGGAUAUGUAUGCUAAAGUUGGUAAAAUUGACAGAUGUCUCGUGGUGUUUACUGAUAUGCCUCUGAGAAAUGUGGUCUCUUGGACUGCUAUUAUAACUGGACUUGUCCGCUCUGGUUCUUACAGGGAAGGAUUGAUUUACUUCUCGGAAAUGUGGAGGUCAAAAGUUGUUUGUGAUUCAUACACAUUUGCAAUUGCUUUGAAAGCCUGUUCUGAUUUGGGUGCUCUGGAUCGUGGGAGGGAGAUUCAUUGUCAGACUAUAAAGAAGGGAUUCCAUGUCUGCCCAUUUGUGGCCAAUACUCUCACCGUCAUGUAUAAUAAGUGUGGGAAAUUGGACUAUGGUUCAUGUUUAUUCGAGCAGAUGGAGUUGAAAGACGUUGUUUCAUGGACCACAACUAUAGCAACAUGUUCCCAAAAUGGGGAUCAUGAAAAUGCUGUCAAAGCCUUUAGAAGAAUGCUUGAAACUGGCGUAAGUCCAAAUGAAUACACUUUUGCAGCAGUGAUGACUUCUUGUGCUAGUCUUAGUAGACUUUGCUGGGGUGAACAAUUGCAUGCUCAUGUUUACCGCUUGGGUUUAGUUGAUAAUUUAUCAGUGACCAAUUCCAUCAUAACCAUGUAUUCCAAAUGCGGACAGCUCGACUUAGCUUCCAGCAUCUUUGAGAAGAUGUCUGAAAAGGACAUCAUUUCGUGGAGCACUAUAAUUGGAGAGUACUCUCAAGGGGGCUCUGGGGAGAAGGCUUUUGGUUACCUAUCCCAUAUGAGAAGGGAAGGCCCACAACCAAAUGAGUUUGCUCUUGCUAGCGUUCUAACUGUUUGUGGAAACAUGGCGAUUCUCGAGCAAGGAAAACAGCUUCAUGCUUAUGCAUUACGCGUUGGUUUGGAACUGGAUGCCAUGGUACAAAGUGCUUUAAUCAAUAUGUAUUCCAAGUGUGGUAGUAUACCAGAAGCUUUGAAAGUGUUUUCUGAGGCUGAAAUUGAUUGCAUUGUGUCCUGGACUUCCAUGAUCAAUGGUUACGCUGAGCAUGGGUUGAGCGAGCAAGCAAUUAGUUUGUUUGAGAAAUUUCGAAGAGUAGGUUUAAGACCAGAUUCAGUGACCUUUAUCGGUGUUCUCUCUGCCUGCAGUCAUGUUGGACUAGUUGACCUUGGUUUUCACUACUUCAAUUUGAUGAGUGAGGAACAUGAGAUUUUUCCCUCAAAGGAGCAUUAUGGCUGCAUGAUUGAUCUCCUUUGCCGAGCCGGACGUCUAAAUGAUGCUGAGAGCAUGAUUGAGAACAUGCCAUUUCAACAGGAUGAUGUUGUUUGGUCAACUCUUCUUAGUGCAUGUAAGGUCCAUGGAGAUGUAGAUCGUGGAAAACGUACUGCUCAGAAGAUUCUAGAAAUAAAUCCUAAUUGUGCUGGCACGCACAUCACCCUUGCUAACCUGUAUGCUGCCAAAGGGAAGUGGAAGGAAGUAGCCGAAGUGAGGAAAAUGCUGAAAUGGAAGGGUAUAAUUAAGGAGACGGGAUCGUCAUGGAUAAAGAUGAGGGAUGAAGUUACUACAUUUGUAUCUGGCGAUGACUCUCAUCCACGGGCAAAAGAUAUUUACAAUGUAUUAGGUUUGCUAUCCGUAAGAGAAGAUGAAGAUGCCAUGGGAAUAGGUUAUGAUCCAGUUAAUGUUGAUGAUCAGCAAAUAAAUGCUUUCUUGUAUUAAUCUGCUCAGGAGGAUUAACCGUUUAAUUGUCAUUAUGACUUGAGCAGGAGGUCUUAUUCGCUAAGGAUGUCUUGUGAGUAUCUGAAAAGCUGAAACUUUCACCUUUACUCUCCCAUUUGAUGGUUGAGAUGAAGUGUGCGAUAAUCAUUGAGCCAUUGGACAAUGGGUAAGGCCUGGCUCGAGAACGUCCCAUCAUCAAGCAAUCUUGAUUAAUCCAUAUAUCCACAUUCAGCAUCAGAGAGGGGCAGUCUGCAGUUUGCACAUACCGAAUUCUUCAUCCAUCAACUUUUCUUGCAUACUAUCAAGAAGAUUCUUCUUUAAUGCAGGAGCUAGAAAUGCAGAGAGCAGAACAACAAAUAGGCUUUAGAAAGAGCCAACGGAUACUCUCCCCAGCGAUGGUGAUUGCUUUCUGGCCGGACACGAGCAGAAGCUCUGUGGAUGGGUCAGCUUCCUAAUGCGAGAUCUCGCUCUUUUAUGCCUUCGUCGCAUGAUCCAUUCUUACUCCACAUGGUUGCUUCAGGCUUCCUUUCAGGUAGAGGACCUAAGAGCGGAAAAAAUGAUGUUGCAGUGAUCCUCCUCAUGCUUUGUCGAUCAUGGUUGGCAUCUUCUUCCCUCAUGUUCUGGACAUCAUCGUCAUUGAUCUGAAGUGAGGAAAAUAUGAUACUCCUUCCCUGUCAGAUUGAAGCAGAGAGCAACUUGUCCAGCAUGACAGAGCAAGUGGCAAGAAUACUGUCAAAGGUUACUGAAUAUGUUCUUAGCUUUAGCUGCAAUUCAUAAUCAUUGUGUUUAUAAUUCGAUGUAAACAUGAAAGAGAACCAGUAACGAUGUGUGCAACAUUCAGGACGCGGAGUCUGGC